GCUAAGUACUAAUAUUCCCCAUACAGCGCCUCUAUUUUUCCACCGAGAAAACAAGAAGCAGCAAAAACCAAGAAUGGGUUCAUUGAGUGGUGGAAAUGGGAGUCUAUGGGGUAUGGGAUUUUUCCAUUCUCAAGAAUGGAAUUGUGGUAGAAGAAGAAAAAGAAGAAGCAAUGGUAAAAACAGUAGUAAUAAUGCAUCAAAAUCAUCAGUAGAUGCAAGUGACGGAGCUGGUUAUCGUUUUCCUAUGAAGCAAGCAUUGACUGCUAGCUCUCUUGCACUUACUGGUGACACCAUAGCUCAGUUUCGUGACCGUUGGAUCAAGAACAAAGAUACUAAGGAUAUGAUUGGUGCUCUCCUAUCUGAGCAUGACUGGCUUCGGUCCAUCCGGAUGGCUUCAUAUGGAUUUUUGUUAUAUGGUCCUGGUACUUACGCAUGGUACUCGUAUCUUGACAGAUGUAUGCCCAAGCAAAGCGUGGAGAAUGUAUUGAUGAAGGUUUUAUUAAACCAAAUUGUGCUAGGUCCGGCUGUCAUAGCUGUUAUCUUUGCAUGGAAUAAUUUAUGGCUGGGGAAACUUUCAGAGCUUCCAAACAAGUAUCAGAAAGAUGCCCUUCCAACUUUAUUGUUCGGAUUUAGGUUCUGGAUCCCUGUCAGUGUUUUGAACUUUUGGGUGAUUCCUCUUCAAGCUCGUGUAGCGUUCAUGUCUAUGGCGUCUAUAUUCUGGAAUUUCUGCUUGUCAGCAACUAUGAGCAAGUAACUGUUGCCGAAAGGAUUGGCCAGGGGAGAGCAGGAUGCACAAUUGAUGAUGACCGUCUGUCAAGACAGCGAACAUGAUGUCUGGAGGCUACGGUUGAGACCAUUCUGAUUUUCCAAAGGUGGCUCGCACUAGCGUUUGACAGCGGCUCAGCUGGCACCUCGUUACCACAUAUGGCCAUUCCUAUAAGUUCUCCAGGAAUAGAGUUUUCUUCAGUUUACAACUCUAGUGCUAUUAUGAAACGGAUUUGAUUGGCUUGUUUGUCCAAAUUAUUUCGUUAAUUUUCUUUGUUCGUCUGGUUUUGGCAUUCUUUUUCCGGUUAGUAUUGGCUCGAACCAGAUGAUAUAUAUAUAUAUGCAAAAGGAAGUUUUUGCAGUAUACAAUUUGAAAGCAAGUGCUGCUGCACUUUUAUAUAUGGAAUAAAACCUUACUUUUUAA